UCUCUACAAUGUUAAAGAUGGAAAUGAUCUUUUAUAUUGUGGCGGUAAGCAUCACACUGAAAUUGAUGUUAUUGUAAAAACAUGUUCUUAUAUUGUUAAUGGACUGCAGAAUGGAACUGGAAUAUAUUGUAAAUGGGGAGAGUCUUUUUGUCCCUUAAGCCAGUUCGCUAGUUAUGAAAGAGGUAGGAAAUGUGAUGUCCGAUUUUUAAGUCAUACGGGAAUAGAUCUUGGUGAGUGGGAGUUUUCCGCUCAAGCAACUCCAACUAAAGCAAUCGAUGAUCGUUGUCGCUCAGCUAGGAUAAACCAAUCCAUCUUAAAUGGCCUGUUGAGCAGAGAUUUAACUGACGCACAAGUGGGUAUUAUCAAGGUCCCAUAUUUAGAAAUUGCUGGU